AUGCUGGACACUCUGGUGAAGGAGGUAAUGCGUGAUUACGGUGAAGGCAAAGGUUGGGAAGAUGCCAUCAACUACAUAAUGCCCGAGUCUUGCAAAGACAAGGCUUAUGAGAGUAAACAGCCUGUGCGGAAUGAGGAAUCUUCAUCGGAAUUACCCAGUUCUGUGAGAAAGGUGAACAAAAGCGAAAGAAAGAAGAAGGAUUCUGUGAAAAGCAAAGCUGAGCAAACAGAGCUGGAGCUACUGGAACAGCCAGUAAAGAAGAAGGAGGUGUCCAAGGAUAAUAAAGUAAAGGAAACCACUGUGAUAGUUGACGGCGAGGCAACAGCUAGACCGAGGGGAAGAGGGUCCUUCUCCCUUGAAUGGUUGAAAAAUUUGCGAAUCGUCUACCUUAUGGCUCAUAUGACAGAGCAAACGACUUAA